GUCACUGAUGCCAACAGAGACACAAAGAAUCAUGACGUCAGGACAGAAACAGAGAACUCAGACACCGCCAUAUAUCAAACACUUCAACACUCAGGAAGUGUUUGUGUGAGGAUCAGAAGCUCCAGAGCAGCUCCAGUGUGUUUGGUUCUGCUGUGUGUUCUUCUGCUGACUGCAGUCAUAGUGCUGGCCAUCAAACUCACUAAAACGGUUGAUGAGUUUUACAUCAAGUACAAAACAUCACAGAAGAGAUAAAUGAGUUAAGAAAAAGAAAAAUAAUCUUGGAAGAGAAUACUAAAAAAUUAUUAAAUUAUAGUAAAACCCUGAAUACAGAAAAAUUGACAUUGCAGAGGGUGAUGAAAGAACUGAGGCAACAGAUACAUAAAAUAGAUGGAUGGAGUUGCUAUCAAUCCAGUCUUUACUUCAUUUCCUCUGAGAAGAAGAGCUGGACUGAGAGCAGAAGAUACUGUACAGACAGAGGAGCAGAUCUGAUCAUCCUAAACAACAGAGAGGAACAAGAGUAUUUAAAACAAGUUCCAGGUGGCACUGAUGUCUGGAUUGGUCUGACUGACAGUGAUGUGGAGAACACAUGGAAAUGGGUUGAUGGCACCAACAUGACCUCUGGGUUCUGGAGGGAUGGAGCACCAAGUGAUAGCGCUGGUGAUAAGGAUUGUGCCAUAAAUCUGCCAUCAGGGUUUGCUGAUUAUUCAUGUAAAAAAACUUUUAAAUGGAUCUGUGAGAAGAACACAUCUUAAUUUACAUUGCUAUAAAGGGUUGUUACAACAUUUGUCUCAUUUCUCUUUUUGUUCUGAAACAUAGUUCUGCAAGUUUCCAUGUAAUAAAUCAUCUUUAUCAUUA